AAAAAAAAAGUCCUCCCCGCGGGGCCCGCAGCAUUUAGGGCCAGAGUCGGCCGGCGAGCGCGGACCGCGCAUAGACGCCCUCGGCCGCCGCUCUGCUCCGUUGGGGAUCUAGCAUGCGGCUUUACUGUCCCCACCUCUCCCCAUGCUCGCACCCUCGGGGUCUGCGGAAGUGCUGUGGAAACUGGAGCACGGAGGAGCCAAAUGGACUACCAUUCCCAGAAGGCGGUGAGGUGCUGCGCCUAGCUACUCCCGGCAGCACCCGCGCGGCAGGUUUUAUUCAGUUUGCUGCCGCCUAGGGCAAAACUACAGUUCCCAGGAGGCCUCGCGCGAAGCGGCUUGGAAGUGGGUAGCCUGGAAGUCACUCGGGCCACUGGAGCUGGCGGUGUUUCCAGCGAACCGCGCGGCGCCGAAAGCCUAGGUCGUGGGGCCCGCGGAGCGGGCCGCCGUGACGCCCAGGACCAGAGAGUGUGGCCUUUUCAGCAUUUCAAGGCCCUUCUGUGUCUGUGGGUGUGGAGGAAACAGAUGAAGGUGCUGCGCUGGCGCCUCUGAAGGCACGUUCUCAAGAUACAGAUGUGAUUCCUCAACUUAACAUCGCCUGAGAAAACGACCCAGAGCAGGUGGAGGGAGGACAAAAUGGCUGCUUCUCAGGGACUGUUGACCUUCAGCGAUGUGGCCAUAGAAUUCUCUCAGGAGGAGUGGGAAUGCCUGGACCCAGCUCAGCGGAAACUGUACAUGGACGUGAUGUUCGAGAACUGCAAGAAUCUGGUCUCCCUGGCUGUAUCUUCUCAUGACACCCAGGGCUUGUUGCCAAAGCCAGGCAUAGAAGAUUCAUUCCACAAAAUGCUACUGAGUAUGAAUAAUGGAGAGAGAAGUUAUCAAUGCAAUGAAUCUUGGGAAAACUUUAACCAAGGGUCAAAUCCCAGUAAACAUCAGAGAACUCAGUUUCCAGAGAACCAUUAUAGAUGUGGGAACAAUUUUGAUCAAAGUUCAAAUCAUAUGCAUCAGAAUAUUCAUAUUGUAGAGAAGAUUGACAAAUGUAGUGAAAGUGGCAAAUCUUUGAGCCAAUCUUUAAAUCUUAUUGAACAUCAGAAUAUUCAUACUGGGGAUGAACCUUACAAAUGUAAUCACUGUGGGAGCAUAUUUUGUAUGUUAUCCAAUCUAAAUAGACAUGAAAAAUUCCAUACUGGAGAGAAACCUUACAAAUGUAAAGAAUGUGGUAAAGCCUUUAAGCGGCGUUCACAUCUUACUCAACAUCAGAGAAUUCAUACUGGAGAGAAGCCUUAUAAAUGUAGAGAAUGUGGUAAAGUCUUUAAGCGGCGUUCACAUGUUACUGAACAUCAGAGAAUUCAUACUGGAGAGAAGCCUUACAAAUGUAGAGAAUGUGGCAAAGCUUUUAAUCAGUGCUCAAAACUUACUCGACAUCAGAGAAUUCAUACUGGAGAGAAGCCUUACAAACGUAGGGAACGUGGCAAUGCUUUUGUCCUGUCCUCAAGCCUUACUCGACAUCAGAGAAUUCCUACUGCAGAGAAGCCUUACAAGUGUAUAGAAUGUGGCAAAGUUUUUACCCAGUGCUCAAGCCUUAUUCAACAUCAGAGAAUUCAUACUGGAGAGAAGCCUUACAAAUGUAGAGAAUGUGGCAAAGCCUUUAAACGGCGUUCACAUCUUACUGAACAUCAGAGAAUUCAUACCGGAGAGAAGCCUUUCAUAUGUGGAGAAUGUGGCAAAGCUUUUAACCAGUGCUCAAAACUUACUCGACAUCAGAGAAUUCAUACCGGAGAGAAGACAAAACCUUACAAAUGUAAUGAGUGUGGAAAAGCCUUUAGUAUACGUUCAAGACUAAUUUACCACCAGGUAAUCCAUACUGGAGAGAGACCAUACAAAUGUAACGAGUGUGGCAAAACAUUUACUCGAGCCUCACAUCUCAGUACACAUCAGGUAGUUCAUAGUGGAGAGAGACCUUUCAAAUGUAACGAGUGUGGCAAGGUCUUUAGUGAAAAAUCAAACCUUGCAUGCCAUCAGAGAAUACAUACUGGAGAGAAGCAAUACAAAUGUAAUGUGUGUGGCAAAGCCUUUAGUGUGCAUUCAAGCCUAAGUAGACAUCAGAUAAUCCACACUGGAGUGAAACCUUACAAAUGUAAUGAGUGUGGCAAGGUUUUCCAUAGAAAAUCAUACCUUGCAAGUCACCGGAAUAUUCAUGCUGGUGUAAAACCUUACAAAUGUACUGACUGUGGCAAGGACUUUAGUGAAAAAUCACACCUUACAAGUCAUCGGAGAAUCCAUACUGGAGAGAAACCUUACAAAUGUAAUGUGUGUGGCAGAGCCUUCAGUAUGGGUUCAAGCCUAAAUAGACACCAACUAAUGCAUAGCAGAGAAACACCUUAUAAAUAUAUUGAGUGUGGCAAGGUUUUCAGUAAUAUAUCACACCUUGUAGGUCAUCAGAGAAUUCAUACAGGAGACAAACAAUACAAAUGUAAUGUGUGUGGCAAAGCUUUUAGUGUGCGUUCAAGCCUAAGUAGACAUCAGGUAAUCCACACUGGAGAGAAACCUUACCAAUGUAAUGAGUGUGGUAAAGUUUUCCAGAGAAAAGCACACCUUAAACGUCAUUGGAGCAUUCACACUGGUGAAAAACCUUACAAAUGUAAUGAGUGUGGCAAGGCCUUUAGUCACUCUUCACACCUUGUAAGACAUCAGAUAAUCCACACUGGAGAGAAACCUUACCAGUGUAAUGAGUGUGGCAAGGUUUUCCAGAGAAAAUCAUACCUUGCAAGUCACCAGAGAAUUCAUACUGGUGAAAAACCUUACAAAUGUAAUGAUUGUGGCAGGGUCUUUAGUGAAAAAUCAAACCUUUCCUGCCAUCGGAGGUUACAUACUGGAGAUAAGCCUCACAAAUGUAAUGUGUGUGGCAAAGCUUUUAGUGUGCGUUCAAUCCUAGCUAGACAUCAGGUAAUCCAUAGUGGGGAGAAACCUUACAAAUGUAAUGAGUGUGGCAGUGUUUUUAGUUACAAAUCAAACCUUGCACGUCAUUGGAGCACUCAUACAGGUGAAAAACCUUACAAAUGUAAUGUGUGUGGCAAGGUCUUUAGUGAAAAAUCAAACCUUACAUGCCAUCAGAGAAUCCAUACUGGAGAGAAGCCUUACAAAUGUAAUGUGUGUGGCAAAGCCUUUAUUGUGCGUUCAAGCCUAAGUAGACAUCAGACAUUCCACACUGGAGAGAGACCUUACAAAUGUAAUGUGUGUGGCAAGGACUUUAGUCACUCUUCACACCUUGCAAGACAUCUGCGAAUACAUACUAGAGAGAAGCCUUACAAAUGUAAUGUGUGUGGCAAAGCCUUUAGUGUGCGUUCAAGCCUAAGUAGACAUCAAAUAAUCCACACUGGAGAGAGACCUUACCAAUGUAAUGAGUGUGGUAAGGUUUUCCAGAGAAAAUCGCACCUUAAACGUCAUUGGAGCACUCAUACUGGUGAAAAACCUUACAAGUGCAAUGAGUGUGGCAAGGCCUUUAGUCACUCUUCACACCUGAGAAGACAUCAGAUAAUCCACACUGGAGAGAAGCCUUACAAAUGUAACGAGUGUGGCAAAGCCUUCAGUGUGCGCUGGAGCCUAACUUACCAUCAGGUAAUUCAUAAUAGAGAGAAACCUUAAAAAUGUAAUGAGCGUGGCAAAGCCUAAAUUAGGCUUGAGUUCAAGCCUAAUUUACCAUCAGAUACUCCAUACUGGCGAGAGACCUUACAAAUAUAGUGGAUGUGCCAAAGCUUUUAGGUAUUGCCUUAAACUCGGUUCACCAAACAGUUCAUACUUACAAAUGCAGUGACUAUGACAAAAGUUUAAAUUAGUACUCUCACUAGAUAUAAAACUAUACAUCCUGUAGAGUAAAUGUACAAAACAAUGUGUGUGAAAAGAUUUUUACCCAUAUGUUGGAGUGAUAUCUUUCCAAUGUAAUGAGCGUGGCAAAGCCUUUACUCGGCUCACACCUCACUACACAUCAGAUGAUCCAUACUGGAGAAAAGCCAUAUAAAUGUAUGUGCCAAGGUGUUCAGUCAAAAUUCACACCUUGCAAAUCUCAUACUGGAGAUGUAAUAUAAUGAAUGUGACAAAGUCUUUAGUCAAAAUUCACACCUUGUUAAUAACCAGAGAAUUCAUACUGGAGAGAAAACUUACAAGUGUAAUGAGGGUGGCAAAUCCUUCAGUGUGCAUUCAGGCCUAAGUUAACAUCUGCAGUCCAUACUGGCAAUAGACCUUACAGUGUAAUGAAUAUGGCAAGAUUUAUAGCAGGUGUUCACACUUUAGCUUCAUGAGAAAAUAGAUACUGGAGGAAAGCCAUACAAAUGUAUUGAAUGUGGCAAGGACUUCAGAAAAUUGUCAGACCUCAGGUUUCACCAAAGAAUUCAUUCUGGAGAGAAACCGUACAAAUGCCAUGAGUGUGGCAAAGCCUUUAUUCGAGGCUCACAUCUCACCAAUCAUCAGAUACUCUAUACUGGCAAGAGAACUUACAAAUGUAUUGCUUGUGGCAAGGCUUUUAGGCAUUGCCUUAAUCUCUGUGUUCACCAAAUAUUUCAUAGUUAUAAGUACAAUGAAUAUGAAAAUGUUUUAAAUUAGUGCUCAGUCUUUACUAGAUACAGGAAUAUACAUUUCUGGGAGAAAUCACACACAUAUAAUGUGUGUGUCAAGGUUUUUACCCAAAGAUCAAAGGUUGGGGGAACCUACUGGAGGGAUACCUUACAAAUGCAAAGAGUGGCAAAGCCGUUACCUUGAGUUCAGGUAUUGUGCAACAACAGAGACUCCCUAUUGAAGAGAAAUUAUGUAAAUUUAUGUGGCAGAGUCUUUAAGCCUCACAAUUCACUAGACACCGUAAUAUACAUCUUUGAGAGAAACUACAUAAAAGUAAUGUGCAUGCUAAAGCUUUUACCCAUAGAUCAAAAUUGUGGGGUAUCAGAGGAUUUAUACUGGAAAGCAACCUUACAAAUUUGAUGAAUGUCAUAGGCUUUUCAUCAAAUGUCUAUUCCUUUGGAGUAAUGACAGUUCAUACAGGACGAACCCAUACAAAUAUACUCAACGUUGAAAUACUAUUAAGAAACUUGGAGUUCACCCAAGAAUUCAUACUGGGAAGAAAUCUUACAAAUGUAAUGAAUGUAGUUAAAAUUUUAACCAAUUCUCACAACCGACCACCCUUUCAAGAAUCCAUACUAGGUAUAACUAAGUCUCUAGUUCUCUGAGAUUAACCUGAGGUGGUAUUAAUACAUACCGCAGAAUAAUUAUGUAAGUGAAACUGUUAAAACUCACGACAUGGGACAAGGAUGUGAACAAAUAGCCCAUUAUUUUUAGUGUUUAUAAUAUUAUUUUGAGUUUUCUUGAAAAGACUCCAUUACUAUUUAUUACAUUCACCCUGCAGUUUGAGGGCUGUUGAUCUUAUCUUUCCAGGCUUUUCAUGAUGGUCUUUGGGAAGGAAUGUAUAUGGUUAAAGGGCCAACUUCAUUAAGUACCAUUCAUUCAUGUCCAUGUUCUGUGGAUAAACAAGGAUACUAAUUAUCAAAUUCAUUAUUAUAUGACUUAGCACUAGGGAAGGCAGAGAAUAAUGUAAAGUUACGGUGUAAGUCAUGGUUAUUGUUCUAAGUGCCCUUCUCUUGACAGACCAUUGUAGGUUAUAGAAGAGAGUGCUCUACCAACUGACCAUGAAACAGGCCUGGACAUUAAGGGACUGGGUUAUUAGGGAGCAAUUAUGGGGUAAAAUAAUACAGAAGAAAUGGUGGUGACUUUAUCCAUUAAGUGGCAAUAGCUGUUGUAUAUCAGACAUUACUGGAAAAUUAGUUUUAUUUUUGGAAAUUAAGAGGGAGCAGUUAUCUGAGAGGGGAGUUUAAUCAAAAGAACCAGAAUAAUAUGUGCAUGUAUAUGAUUCACACUUAUCUGUUGGCAUUACUUUUGCCACUGUUUUAUUCAGAAUGUAUUACAAGUCUCAUGUUUUAAUAAAAUGUAAUCAUUUUUUU